GGCAUGACUGUUGCCGUGUAUUUCACUCAGUAUACUUCAGCAGUUGUAAGCUGCAUUGUGCCUGUAGUCUACGUCUCACGUGGGUCAGCCGAUCCGUGCCAUCUAUAAUUGCGUGUAAUUGAGAUGAAAUUUAUUUAGACCUCAGUGAACAGUAUCAAUCGCUAUGGCUGACCACCAGGAUGCAGGACACGUGCAGUGUGACCACUCAAAGGGGAGAGAAAAAGUCACGGAAUUGCAGGAUUUGGAAGAUUCUCUGAUGCAGAAGGAGGAAUUUUCUCUAGACGACUGGAUACAGAUUUACGAAAAACUGCCUCACACCAAAAACACUGGUCAACCUUCUGAUGCGCUGGUAACGUACAUCAACGAGCUGCUGCCCUCGGAGCCUGCCAGGGUGUUGGUGCCUCUCUGCGGCAAGUCUCCCGACAUGCGCUGGCUGUAUGACCGCGGCAACACAGUGGUGGGCGUGGAGGGAGCGGAGAAACCUGUGAAGGAGUUUUUUGAGCUGCACACCGACCUGCGACACACUGUAGAGGACGUGCCCUUCGGAAAAGUGUACAAGAGUCACGAUGAGCGGCUGCAGGUGUUCGUGUGUGAUGUCACGCUGGUCCCGAGGGGAUCACUCGGUCAUUUCGACGCUGGCUUUGACUGGGGCGCCUACACUGCCAUCAAACCCUCCGACAGACAGAAGUACGUGGACGUGGUGAGAGAUGCCUUGGGGGAGAACUUUAGGUAUUUCUUGGAGGUGUGUCACGACGGACCUCCCCAGGCGCAGGGUCUGCCUCACUCCAUCUCCUUCAGGAGCAUCAAGCUGGAGUUUGGAGUGUCCCUAAAGAUGCGAGUCUUGGCCACAAAGGAUAUCGCUGCUGAGUGGGAAGUGGACACCUUCUUCAACAGCUUCUUUCUGCUGUCUGAUCAGGGCCUGUAGCUGGUCUUGGUGUUGUGGGGCCUGGGUUGUGAUUCCUUGGGAAUCACAGAGCCCUGGACCUGGUAGUUAGCACAGGACUCCAUGAUAAAAGUUGAUGUACUACAACGUGAUGCAGCGACCCUCAGUGAUUGACUUGAUAAACGUGCAUAUAAUUGUAUUGCAUCUAUGAAUGUAUAGUUACUCAUUAUGUAGUGCAUGUAGUAUUAUAUCUUAGUGUUUAUGUAUGUAGUAUACGUAUGUGGAAUGUACGUUUGUCAUACUCUGUUAUGAGCUUUAUUUCAUAUGUCUUUGAUAAUUGUUUUCAGUUUCUUAAGUAUAUCUUUAUCUCCUGUUAUUUAGUAUUCCAUUGCAUUUGUGUUUAUAUUAGCUUGCCAUUUAAAGGAUAAAGGGUUUAUAGCAUUCAUUGACUAAUGUACUAUCUUCAAGUAUUAGAAGGAAGGACAGAUAUCUUACCUGCAGCGCUUGUGACUAUCAAUGAGCAGCCACACCUUGGCACCACCGUGGGCACUGCAGCGUGCGAACUCCCCUCAAGUGCUAUUGAGAGCAUGGACACACUUCACACACGCACGACAGUUGCAAACAAAAUGAUUUCGCCAAACUCACUGGUCCUCCUAGGUGACAAAUUUGACUACGACACUGCCUUCUGCCACCACUAUCUCACCUACUGGCCUCUGCUCCGCCAUACUGCUGCUGCUGCUGCUCACCUCUGAAAAAGAAGAGGUGUGUCAGUUUAUGAUGAAGCUAGUUCUGCUGUAGUUAAGAGAAGAGAUGGAGAAGAGAAGAUGAUGAAAAGAGAGAAAAGACGAGGAAGGGAAGAAGAGAAGAAAAAUGAAGAUAAAGUCAGGUGAGGUCAAGUUAGGUUACGUCACAUUAGGUCAGACCAGGUACGGUUAGGUAAGCUGGUUAUGGUAAUGUUUUUUUUGUUUGGGAAUGCAGUCGCUGACCAAUUAAGAAAAUACAUAAUUCAUUUAGCCAA